AUGGGACCGCCUCGCCGAAAGAUGAUGGCUACGGCAGAGGGAACCUUGACCCCUCCAGACGAGUUAUCCGACACUCAGCAGAUCGUGCGAGCAAUCAAAGCUACCGGAAACAACAUCUACCUAGUCGAACAGACAGACAAGAAGCAGAUGCUCGUCGAAUUGCCUGCACGAUUCCGCUCGGCUAUCUGGAUCAAGCGCAGUUCGUACCUCGUGGUCGAUACUAAGGGCCAGGAGGAGCGGGAAAAUAAAAUUGGAGGGGAAAUUGUCAAUAUCGUCAGGGACGAGAAGGCUUGGAGGAAGGCUCGCUUUUGGCCUAAGGAAUUCGUGAAACAACCCGUUGUAUUGGCUGCUGACUCUGACGACGAAGAGGAGUCUCGUGUAGGCCAAAUGCCUUCCUCGGACGAAUCAGACUGA